GUCAGUUAUCCGCGAUUUUUGUUGAUUUUCGCGAUGACCGUCACCUACAGUAUCGCCUGUCCACUCAUCGCACCGUCCGGCCUUUUCUACAUGAUAAUCAAGCACAUUGUCGAUCGCUAUAACAUAUACUACAUCUACACUCCGAUCAAAAUUAACGAUCGGAUCCACUCGACGGCCAUACUCUACGUGCACAUCGCGUUACUGAUGAUGCAGUUCCAGGUCUUCACGUUUCUGCUGAUGCGCACCAAAGGGUCGGCCGUUUUGGCCUUCUCUACGUUCGUCCUACUGAUCGCACUGUUAGUCUUUGCCGGUCAUUGCUUUUUCCAUUGGUUCCGCAAUAUUAAUCACUUGACGUAUAGUGUUACGACUAAACUGAAUAAAAGGUCUAAAAAGUACGACUACUGUGCCUGUGCUUACGCGCCGCCUGUUUUCAAUGGUUUAGUAGACGAUGGAGUGGUCACAAGAGAUGAUCUAAUGUCGGGCACCGGUAUAGCCAGCAGUUCCGACGCUUAACAUUCAUUGACAUUUCAUUUUGAUAUAAUUUCGCAAAACUAUAUGUUAUUUAUUACAAGAGUAUAGAAAUUAUUUUUAAGGUUACAAACACUUCAUUGC